GCCCCCUCUUUUUUCCUUAAUUCAUCCUCAUUCUCAUUCUCUUGUCUCUUACAAAAAUGGGGGAAAUCUUAUAUUGCUGACUCCCCCUCCUUCAUUCUCAGGUUCCAAUGCAAUAGCUCAUCUCUAGUUAAGAAUCUAGCCUGGGAGUGAGAACCAAGCAGCUGUCUUCCUUCCUUGGAAUGCAUAUAGAGGUCAGAGGAUCAGUUUUCAGGUUCCUCUUCUUGGUUCAAGUUUGUGUUCUUGGUCCCUUGUAUUUCUAAUAAGCUUCUGCUAGGUUGUUGUUUAAUCGAAGGUCAUUGUCGUAAUGGGUUCGUGUGUCUCGACAGCGAAUAAAAACAUCAUAUUAUCACAUAGGAAACGGCAGCAAAAAUCUAUCAAACAUCGCGGAAAGAUUACCACUUGUGUUCCUGAUGUACCUAUCAAACAGUUCAGUGAUGCUGGAAUAAAGGAUUUUGCUGUUAGAGAGUUUGUUCAUCUUGACUUUGACAAGGGUGAAGCAACUACUUGCCGAAGAUCUGAAGCUACUAACAAGAACUUCCAUCACACUCAGCUACAAUGGAACCACAGCCAAAUUGCUGGAAAUGGAAUAUGCCAAGAGGAAGUAUGGUUUGACUCUGUUAGUAUUGUGGACUCAGAUUCAGAUGAUGACUUCAUUAGUAUACAUGGAGAUGGUUUUUCUACAGUCGGUAGUACAAUUGGGCAAAAACCAAGCGCUCAAGUGCUUCAGUACGGGAGUGCGUCGUGCUUCGUAGACACUGGAAGCAAGUAUGAGGGGUUCUAUGAAAGCUACCUUAAAAUAGAUGGAGUUGCAAAAGGUGAUGAGGUACCUAGUAGGACAAAGAAAGUAAUGGAUGAUUCUUAUGGAAGUUUUAAAAGUCUUAAAGAUCUCUCUUAUGAUUCUGGAGAGAAAGUUCAAGAAAAUCGAAGAAAAUCUACAGUUGUUAUGGUUUUGAAGAGGAAAUCUUGUGAUGGAAAGGAAAAGACUCAAUUUUCUGCUGGGAGAUUGCUUUAUCGCCCGAGAGCAGGGUUUCAGAUACCCGUUUCAAAAGGAGAGAAGCCUACUCCAGGAUGCUGGUCUGAAGUUUCACCUUCAGUUUUUAGACUCCGUGGCGAGAAUUAUUUCAGAGAUAAGCAGAAGUGCCCUGCUUCAAGUUUCAGCCCGUAUUUACCAAUUGGUGUCGAUUUGUUUGCCUGCUCGCGAAAGAUAAAUCAUAUUGCUCAACAUCUUGAGCUUCCAUUUGUCCAACCACAUGAGAAAGUACCAUCACUUCUAAUUGUUAACAUACAGAUUCCUACUUAUCCUGUUGCCAUGUUCCAAGGUGAAUGUGAUGGGGAAGGAAUGAGCCUUGUAUUAUACUUCAAAGUAUCUGAAAAUUUUGAUAUAGAUAUCUCUCCUCAUUUUCAAGAUACCAUAAAGAGAUUGGUUGACGAUGAUAUGGAGAAGGUUAAAGGCUUUGCAAAGGAGAGCACGGUUCCUUUCAGGGAGAGACUAAAAAUUCUGGCAGGGUUGGUUAAUCCAGAGGAUUUGCAGACGGGGUCUACAGAAAAGAAGCUUCUUCAAGCUUACAACGAUAAGCCGGUGCUUUCGCGGCCCCAACAUGAGUUCUAUAGGGGACCGAAUUACUUGGAGAUUGAUUUAGAUAUCCACCGUUUCAGCUAUAUAUCUCGGAAAGGACUUGAAGCAUUCCGAGAUCGUAUGAAACAUGGGAUCGUUAAUGUAGGCUUAACCAUACAGGCACAAAAACCAGAGGAACUGCCAGAGCAAGUGCUGUGCGGUGUGCGCUUAAAUAAGAUUGAAUUUGUAAAUCACGGCCAAAUACCCACUAUCGUAACUAGAGACGACUGACUCAACAAGGCACUCGGAACAACAGGGCCUCGGCUGCAAAUUCUUUCUUCUUCUUCGACAAAGACGGGAAGAAAACAAAAUUAUAUUUUUGCUUCGUUCAGAUUAUGAGAGUUAUUUUUAAACUUGUCCAUGGAGAUCAAUAUCAUUGUAAUUAAUACCUGUUUUGUAAUGUGUUGCCUUUACCAUCCUUUCCAAUGUAUUUUAAGCAAUGCAAGUGAUCGUCCUGAUUUUGAAGUU